AUGGAUUACCAGAACCGCGCAGGCUCCAAAUUCGGCGGCGGCGGCGUUGCCUCCCAUUCCGCCUCCAAUGCCGACCGACGCGAGCGACUACGCAAGCUCGCCCUGGAAUCAAUCGACCUAGACAAAGACCCAUACUUCUUCAAAAACCACGUCGGAAGCUUCGAGUGCCGACUAUGUCUAACAGUGCACCAAAACGACGGGUCCUACCUGGCGCACACGCAGGGCCGGAAGCACCAAACGAACCUAGCCCGUCGCGCAGCGCGCGAGCAGCGCGAAGGAAAAGGGCAAGACCCCUCGUCUAUCCCCGGCGCGAUGGGCGUGCAGGUCAAGAAGCAGAUGAUCAAGAUCGGGCGGCCGGGAUACAAAAUCACCAAAAUCCGGGAUCCGUUGACGCGGCAGAUGGGUCUGCUCUUCCAGUUGCAGUAUCAGGAGAUCACGCCCGGUGUGCAGCCCCGCGUGCGGUUUAUGUCGGCGUUUGAGCAGAAAGUCGAGGAUCCGGAUAAGAACUUUCAGUACCUCGUUGUUGCGGCGGAGCCGUAUCAGACCUGUGGGUUUAAGUUGCAGGCGAGGGAGAUUGAUCGUCGCGAGGGGAGGUAUUGGACCUGGUUCGAUGAGGACAGUAAGGAGUUUUGGGUGCAGAUUAUGUUCAAGACCGAGCGCGAGGAGAGAUUUAGUGGUGUGCCUGGUCUGGCGCCGAUGCGCUCUUGA